CUACUAAAACAGAGCUCCAGGUCUUCAUUCCCGGUAACGAGAAAUUCCACAGGCUUCUGGCCCAGUGUAGAAUUAAACUAAACUAACUCAAUUGCAAAACGAAGUUUGAAGUUUGAAACUUGCCAUUCUUUCUUAAACAGCCUCAUCAUCUUGACACUUCUCCCGUAUGACGAAUGCCUUUCCCAUAAUAACUAACGAGUGAAUCAUUGGGCACAUUCAUUGGUUAGAAUGGCGCAACCACGAUGUUUAGCAAGCUCUUCGCCAGCACGAGCUCUCCAUCGAGUUCUAGUCUCAGACCUUCUUAGCAGAUCUACAAACCCCUCCUCAACAACAAAAGCACGACACGCGAUAUCUUCAUACUACCUCUUCCCACCACGACUCUUCUCUACUUCAAGCCGCCUACCUUCAAAUAGACCCGCACUCUCACUAAUCGCGGCAUCAAAAAGACAACAUGUCCGCACACUCACCACAACACCCCCCCUUCAGCGCAUCGACGCCUUCAAAAAACGCAUAAUCAACGACAAAAUCCCCUACCAAUGGAUCCGCAUCGCCUCCGCUCCCCCCGAAAACGCGCUCUCCUCGCCCCAACGCACAGACAUAGUCCUCCGCUCCCUAAACCCGAAAACUCACACCUUACUCAUGGUCGCCACGCCUCCAGAAACAACCUCCGAAAACGCGGAUGAACCGCGCGCCGCUAUAUGUCGCAUAAUCGAUAACGCAGCAGCUUCAGCGGCAGCAGCUGAGACCGAGCGAUUAACCCGGCGUAAGGCUAUUGAUUCGAAGGAAUUAGAAUUCUCGUGGAGUAUUGCGGGACACGAUCUCGCGCAUAAAUUACGACGACUACGGGAGUUUUUGGAUAAGGGAUUAAACGUAGAAGUUAUUCUCGCGAAGAAGAAAAAAGGACGGACGGCUACAAAAGAAGAAGCCCAAGCUGUGUUAGUCGCGGUUCGGGAAGCGGUUGCUAGUGUGGAGGGGGCGAAGGAGGUGAGGAAGAUGGAGGGGAAUGUGGGUGGGUUGGCGCGGUUGUAUUUUGAGGGUGUUAGUGGGAAGAAGAAGAGUAAAAAGAAGCAGGAGGUUGCUGAGGAGGAUUAGGGCGGUGCGGUGGUAGUCCCGUGAAUACCGUAAUAGGUUGCGACGACUACAUGCGAGUGUCUAAUAUUUGGAGCAGAAUAGCCAACUUAUUGACCUCAGCUCUCAAAAGCAUCAUUGGUGUAUAUUUGCAUCUAGAGCAAUUGUUAUACGAUAUACCAUACACAUAAAUUCAAGAUAUAAUAAAUCACAACCUACGAUUGAUGUCU